AUGAAGAACUUCGUAAUAUUUGCUUUUAUCUUUAUCACCUUUAUUGGUGCAUUCGUUUUUGCAGACGAACAUUCCAGUGAAGAUCCUGAAUAUACACAUACACCUACUCCUGAACAUUCUGACCCUCCUGAACAUACUUACACUCCCGAACAUACUUACACUCCCGAACAUACUUACACUCCUGAACAUUCUGACCCUCCUGAACAUACUUAUACUCCCGAACAUACUUACACUCCUAAACAUACUUACACUCCUAAACAUACUUACACUCCUAAACAUACUUAUUAUUCUUAUAAAGAUCCUAAACAUUCUUAUAAUACUCAUUGUUCUGGCAAAGAAACUCAUAAUACCGACGAUUAUCAUACUGACAAAUAUUAUACUGACGAACCAAGUGUUCACUACACUCCAACCGCUUAUGAAGACGUUUCUACCUAUACCAUUCCCAGCGGCGGUUUUCAUCCUAGCGGUUAUUAUUCAAGUGGAAAGUCCGUAAUAUUUGAUUCUGCAUUUGGUCCCAUGUCGAUUACAAUUUUGACAAUUUCAGUUACAUUAGCUUAUUUAAGAAAUUUAUUUGCAUUCGCUUUUGCAGGCGAAAUUAAAUCAAGCACCACACCUGAUAUUUAUCCCAAUACUUAUUCUCCUGCUCCCCCAAUUGAUACUGAACAUACUUAUAAACCUACCCAUACUUACGAUACUCAUACUGAAUAUACUUAUACACCUAUUCAUACUGACGAUACCCAUACUGAAUAUACUCAUACUUGCACUGAGCUUACUUGUGACGACAAUAGUCAUACUGAUAUUCCUACUACAAUUCAAUCCAUGCCUACCAGUACGAGCCCGGACAUUCCUUCUCCCAGCGCUUUUAGUCCUAGUAAUUAUAAUUCAAGUGGAAAGUCCGUAAUAUUUGAUUCAGCAUUUGGAACAGGUUGUUGUCCUAUAGGCACAAGUUGUAAUGAGAAAGCAUUGACAUGCAGUAUAGCUUGUAAUUCAACAGAUGUAGACUGCGGCGAUGGUACUUGUUGUAUCGCAGGCGAUUAUUGUGGAGCUGAUGAUUAUUGUACUUCUUCUGGUUUUAUUUCUAGUACUCAAAUUGCUAAGACUAUUACUCAAACUUCUACUAAAAUUACUCAGGUUACUUCUGCUCCCGUUGUUAAAAAAAGUGGAGAACAGGCAACACUUAAUUUGGCAUUUAGUUAA